AAAAUGUUCUAUUGACAUUUAUGUGCUUUUAUAUAAAUGGAGAAUUACUAUUAAGUAGUGAUCAGAAACAUCACUAACAAAAAUGUGUAUUUAGAUUGUAGCCUUACAGUGUCGUGAAAUCAUUGUAAUUUACUGAUAAAUAUAUGCCAAUAUUUUAUAUCACACACUCCUUUUUCUGCCAAAUCCAUAACUGAAUGCGUGGGAAGGCCUGUGUAUUUUUGCUCAAUUUUAUGAGAAACACUUAUUGGUGUAAUGUAAUCAUUUUCUGUUGUCCAUAAGUCAGUAUUAAUGCUAAUUGUUGUUGCUUCACCGUGUGCAUUAAUGAAACACAAUUGCAUAAAUUAGUCUAAGCUCCAUUAUCGGCUUUCAUCUUUGGUCUCGGUGCAGCGCCAGGGCAUGUAGUGACUGGAAAUGUGGCAGCGCGUGUCUAUUGUGUGGAGAAGAGAUGGGCGUAGACCAACCCCCUCAUCAAAUAUUCAGCCUUGAGUGAGAGGGGGAUGCUGAGCGUAAAACCUGCCUCUGCUUGUUGAUACAGUGUUAGUGAGUAGAGGAUCAGGAUUGGUGUCCAUUAGUCUGAUUCUGGUUUCACUCUGCACCGAGGUGCGCCGCCAUGGAUACCACCACCUCCCUGAAGAUGACCUCCCUGGCUGUCCAGAGUCUGUUCAGCUACGUGGAGGAGGAGAACCUGGCUGCCAUCAAAGCGCAUUUGGACAAGUUCAGAGAAGUGGACAGCAGAAGUGAUAAUGGACAAACUCCCCUGAUGGUGGCUGCUGAGCAGGGGAAUCUGGAAAUAGUACAAGAGCUAAUUAGGAGAGGAGCCAACGUUAACUUGGAUGAUGUUGAUUGCUGGACCGCAUUGAUCUCAGCAGCCAAGGAGGGUCACAUCCAGGUGGUGAGGGAACUGCUGGAGAACAAUGCCAACCUGGAGCAUCGAGACAUGGGAGGUUGGACGGCUAUAAUGUGGGCAGCCUAUAAGGGUUGUACCGAUGUGGCCCAGUUGCUCUUGGAUAAAGGCGCUAAUCCCAACAUCACUGGUCAGUACAGUGUCUACCCCAUCAUCUGGGCCGCAGGUCGGGGUCAUGCAGAGAUCGUCAAUCUCCUGCUGCAGCACGGUGCAAAGGUCAACUGCUCAGACAAGUAUGGUACCACACCACUGAUCUGGGCGUCCAGGAAGGGCCACUAUGAGAGUGUCAUACAUCUUCUGGCAAACGGAGCUGACGUUGACCAGGAGGGAGCAAAUUCAAUGACCGCUCUGAUCGUGGCUGUGAAAGGAGGCUUCACAGAAGUUGUCAAAGAGCUGCUGAAGAGGAACCCAAAUGUCAACAUGACGGACAAGGACGGAAACACGGCCCUGGCGAUUGCAGCCAAGGAGGGACACACAGAGAUUGUCCAGGACCUUCUGGACGCAGGGACCUACGUCAACAUCCCAGACAGGAGCGGAGAGACGGUGCUGAUUGGAGCAGUGCGAGGAGGUCACGUUGAGAUUGUCCGGGCCCUGAUGAACAAAUACGCUGACAUUGACGUCAGGGGUCAGGAUGGAAAGACUGCCCUCUACUGGGCUGUAGAAAAAGGCAACGCCACCAUGGUGAGAGAUAUCCUGCAGUGUAAUCCAGACACAGAGAGCUGCACAAAGGAGGGGGAAACCCCACUUAUUAAAGCCACGAAAAUGAGGAACAUAGAAAUAGUGGAACUGCUGCUGGACAAAGGAGCCAAAGUGUCUGCUAUUGACAAGAAAGGUGACACGCCCCUCCAUAUCGCCAUCAGGGGACGCAGCAGAAAGUUGGCCGAGCUGCUUCUGAGGAACCCCAAAGACGGACGCCUGCUUUACCGCCCGAACAAAGCUGGAGAGACACCGUACAACAUCGACUGCAGCCAUCAGAAAAGCAUCCUCACACAGAUAUUUGGAGCGAAACACCUCUCCCCAACAGAGUCUGAUGGAGACAUGUUGGGCUAUGACCUUUACAGCAGUGCUUUAGCAGACAUUCUAAGUGAGCCCACCAUGCAGCCACCUAUCUGUGUGGGAUUGUACGCCCAGUGGGGAAGCGGCAAAUCUUUCCUUCUCAAGAAAUUAGAGGAUGAGAUGAAGACCUUUGCUGGCCAGCAGAUAGAGCCCUUGUUCCAGUUCUCAUGGCUGGUGGUGGUCCUCACUUUACUGCUCUGUGGCUCAGUGGCUCUUGUCCUGGGUUUCACUGUCGAUCACCGGCUCGCAAUCGCUGUGUCCCUCAGUUUCCUCGCCCUGCUUUACAUCUUCUUUGUGCUGGUGUACUUUGGAAGUCGACGUGAGAGGGAAAGCUGGAACUGGGCUUGGGUCAUCAGCACCCGACUGGCCCGCCAACUUGGCUACCUGGAGCUUCUCUUCAAGCUGAUGUUUGUGAACCCACCUGAACUCCCUGAGCAGACGACCCGUGCUCUUCCUGUUAGGUUUUUAUUCACGGACUACAAUCGCUUGUCCAGCGUCGGUGGGGAGACGUCAAUGGCUGAGAUGAUCGCUACACUCUCAGAUGCCUGUGAGAGGGAGUUUGGCUUCAUGGCCACCAGGCUCUUCAGGGUUUUCAAGAACGAUGAAACUCAAGGAAAAAAAUGGAAGAAAACAUGCUGUGUUCCAUCCUUUGUGCUGUUUGCCAUCACAUUAGUUUGCUUGAUAACUGGAAUGGCCCUGUUGGCCAUCUUUAAGGUCAAUCCAGAAAACCUGACUGUAAAUGCGGUGCUGAUAGCAAUGGCCAGCGUCGUGGGUCUGGCUUUACUGCUGAACUGCAAGACCUGGUGGCAGGUAGCUGACUCUGUCCUCAACUCCCAGAGGAAACGCCUGCACAGUGCAGCUAACAACAUGCACAAGCUCAAGAGUGAAGGAUUCAUGAAGGUGUUAAAACAUGAGGUGGAACUCAUGUCAAAAAUGGCUAAAACUAUUGAUGGUUUCACCCAGAACCAGACACGUAUGGCUGUCAUCAUCGACGGCCUUGAUGCCUGUGAACAGGACAAAGUCCUGCAAAUGCUGGACACGGUGAGGGUUCUCUUCUCCAAAGGCCCAUUCAUCUCCAUCUUUGCCAGCGACCCACAUAUCAUCAUUAAAGCCAUCAACCAAAACCUCAACAGUGUGCUGAGGGACUCCAACAUCAACGGCCAUGACUACAUGAGGAAUAUUGUCCAUCUGCCGGUGUUCCUCAACAGCAGGAGCCUCAUCACAGCCAAAAAGCUUUGUACGGCAGCUCCCACCAAUGGAGAGGCUCAGCCUGUUGAAGGAUGGCAUGAAGAGGCGGAUCGGAAGUGGUCCCAGAACAACCUGGGCCAAGACCAGCCGAAGUUCGGCAGCAAGAACGCACUCAACCGCAGGGACACAUACCGACGUCGCCAGAUGCAGAGGACCAUCACCAGGCAGAUGUCAUUUGACCUCACUAAGCUGCUGGUCACUGAAGACUGGUUCAGUGACAUCAGUCCUCAGACAAUGAGGAGGUUGCUCAACAUUGUUUCUAUCACAGGUCGUCUGUUGCGAGCCAAUCAGAUCAUCUUCAACUGGGAUCGACUGGCAUCCUGGAUCAACCUGACAGAGGAGUGGCCGUAUCGGACAUCCUGGAUCAUCCUCUUUCUGGAAGAGACUGACGGCGUGUCUGACCAGGUCUCACUGAAGACCAUUUACGAGAGAAUCUCCAAGAACAUUCCCACCACCAAGGACGUGGAGCCACUGCUGGAGAUAGAUGGAGACAUUCGUAGCUUCGAGGUCUUCCUGUCGUCCAGGACACCUGUUCUCACGGCCAGAGAUGUGGACAUGUUUCUGCCCUGCACCGUCAAUCUGGACCCCAAACUCAGAGAGAUCAUAGCAGAUGUGCGUGCGGCCAGGGAGCAAAUGCACAUCGGCGGAGUGACCUAUCCCACGCUGCCCCUGCAGGAGGCAGUGCCCCGUCCCCAGUCAGGUUACAACCAGCUCUCCAGUGCCUUGUCCCCAGCAGGCUCCUACACGGGCUCUCUGCCUCCACAGCCUCACAGUGCCUACUUCAGUGGGAUGACAGGUCCACAGCAUCCAUUCUACAACAGGCCUUAUUUUCCCCAUCAUGUGUAUCAAAUGCCACGAUCUUACUCCUAUGUUCCCACAUCCUCGCAUCACUCCAUUAAACCACCCGGCCAUCCAAAGGAAACCACUGGACUUCUUUUAAAGUCGCUGCCUUACAAAUUAAAGCAGGUCUCUCCUGCCGCCCUGCUCAGCUCCAUGAACACAGAGGCCGUGUGUGAGCGUCUGAAGCUGAUGGACGGCAUCGACUCCACCAUGCUGCAUCAGUACAUCUCCACCAUCAGGAGGGCUAACAUAAACGGUCGAGUGCUGACCCAGUGCAGCCUGGACGAGUUGAAGAAAGAGAUGCAGAUGAACUUUGGUGACUGGCAGCUCUUCAGGGGGAUGGUGAUGGAACAACGUCACGCCGAAAGCCAGGCUCUGCUCCAGGAAGACUCCCGCUCCGUGAGUGAGCAGGGCAGCUCCAUUCAGCCCGUGGAGCUCAGGAGGCGCUCCAUGGGAGGGGCCCAGUCUGAGGCCGCCGCCUUCAGUCUGAACCUCAGCUUUGAGGAGCUCAGCGGAGUUGGGCUGGAGGAGCCUCCCAGACACAGCACUGGCUCCCAUUGGCCGGUGACAAAUCACCGCACCUCCAGCAUGUCCAGCCUCAACUCCCAGGAAUCGUCCAAUGACAUCUGCAAGCUGACGGACAAGCAGCAGGACGAGUACCGCGACGCCUACAGGGAGUACAUCGCUCAGAUGGCCCAGCUGGAGAUGUCCGGCAGUGGAGGAGAGAGACCGGUGCAGCCCCAUCCUCUGCACUUCAUGCAGUCCAACGGUUCAGAGGACAAAGGGGUGGGUGAAAAGGCCAAGGAAGGAGCAGACCAAGACAGCCGCAAGUCCCUCACCAAGAGAGGAUCCAAGCCCAGUGACUCUGUAGAUUUCCCCUCCGCCGCUGACGCCCAGACUCUGGACCCCAUCAGUGAGGAGGACGAGAGGCUGGACCACAGCUCGUCAUCCAGGACCCCGGCCUCCAGGAAGAAGGGCGUGGGCUCGUACUACCACAAGCUGCCCAACGAUGCAGACUCUGGCCCAGAAGAAGAAGACAACACUACACCUCUCCUCCAAAAAGAUGCCAGGUCCGCUUCGGGUCUCUCCUCCCAGAAGACCCCCCAGCUCACCGGGCCCCUGACCAAGCCAGGAUUCCUCUCCGAAAUCCUCCUGGAUAAGAAGGACUCCUCCGACUCGGGGAUGCGCUCCAGCGACAGCUCAUCUGACCGAUCCUCGGAUCGCUCCCUGGAGGAGUCUCAGGGAGAUGCCCCGGAGUUGGAGGGUCUGGUCUUCAAGAGGGGCCUUCUUCCCAGCAGCCUCAGCGGCCUGCAGGACGCCACGGUGGCCCGCAUGUCCAUCUGCUCCGAGGCUCCGUCCGAGGCCAGCCUAAUGGCCAGCAGCCCGGAGGAAGUGUGGCCGUCCAGCGGGGUCAACAACCUGAACCGUGCGGACAGCAGCACCACCCUCGACAACAACAACACCAACACCAACAACAGCCGGCAGCAGCAGACCACCCCCACCACACCCUCCCACGGCAUCGACGUCUCACCAGCUGUGAUCAUCACCCCUGGCAGCAGCAACACCACGGCCGCCACCAUCCACAACCAGAACCUGCGCAGCAUCAACCUGGGAGACGAGAGAGAGAGCGUCCUCUGAGGGUGGAGGGUCUGAUCGACUGGGUCCAUGUUACAGUUGUCGUCGAUGUUGUCAUUGAUGUUGUGAAGCGUAGACUGUAGAGUAGAUGAUGAUCGUUAGGUAGAGGUCAGAGUAGACGGUGUUGUCUGUAAAUCAGUGGUGAGAUUUAAAAAAAAAAAAAGCUAAGAAAAGAAAAAGCUUCUAGUAUUCAGUAGAACUGGAUCUGAAUCUGGAUUAGAGUCAGAGUCGUGUUUGUGUGUUUGAAUCCGCCUGGUCAGGACUGGAGCGUCUCACCUCCGUCACGUUACAAAGGCGUUGUGAUACUGUUACAGUGCGGGUUCUCAUGUGACCGUGGAAACAUUAGAAUUGUUGUUUGGUAAGAAGUGGCGUUACAGAAAUAAAAAUGUUAGAAAUAAACGGUAUCUGUAUGAAGUCGUUCCUGUGGUGAAGUAGAACUUUGGUCCGAGUCUGAAGUGGUUCUGGUGUUUUUUCCAACGUUCAUGUGAAAACUGAUUUGUGAAUCAAUAAACAUUGUGUUGAUGUGGA